AUGAAGGACUGCACAAGAAACUGCGUCGAUCGCUGCCAUAGAACAGCCGGGGGAGUCUGCGACCUUCUCUGGGUCGUCGGCCUCUUCCUUGCCGCUGAGCUGGUCAUCUGGGCCAUCAGCCUCAGUCUCCGACUGGUAUCCGUUCCCUUUUUUGCGUCCAUUAUCGGCAUGCUCGCCGUCUUUGCCUUGACAACUGGCUGUCAUUUUUUCAACAAGCGCGUUGAAUCCUUCUACAACACAUGGCUCAAGCACAAGAUCAACUUUAUCAACACACACAUGGCUGUGGGAUUCCCAAUUCCUCUGGUCAUGCUGGACCAAAGCGAGAUGCUCGAUGCAACACACAUAGGCUAUGUCAUUGCCAACUUCCUCAUCACCAAUGUGGUUUCGUGGACAGGCACCUUUGUCGUUGGCUUCUUCGCUCUCCACGGCUACGCUAUACUGCACGAUAAAUGGGAGGCACGCAGCCAGACUCCUCCCAGCAAGCGACCCUGGAUCGCUCCGCCGCCAGUCAUCAAUUUGAGCUUCAUUGGCGAUGACUCGAUAUCGAAUGACCUGCACAUUCCCAGCCCCAGGACACCCAGUCUUUUAGUUACCGGAUAUACCCCAGCCACUUCAGUCUUCGACUUGGCUGCACCUCUGAGCGAAUUGACUGCCACCACGAGCAAGUCCCCUUCAUUGCGCAAAGAACGCCGAACAACGGCGCACAAGAUUCUAGAACAGUAUCCCAGCCUGCUUGCCAUGUUUUUCCUGUUGGUCAUUGGCGUGCCAGUCGCCGCUGCUACCGGUGAAGUGCGGAUCCUCGACGGCUGCGCUGUGUGGUUCUCCUGGAUCACAACCGUCAGAAUGCAGAGGCUCUUCAAGAAAUCCUCUGUAUGCGCCAAGCGGCCUCGCCUCAAGAACACCAUUGCCACCGUGAUGAACUCCGUCCUCCUCACGACACUCCUCUUGACGGCCUAUAUCCGCUCGCGAGCCGUGGCCAGCCCAUUGUAUGAUCUAUCCCAGGUUCAGCAGCUCUUCUCGCGUGGCAACCCUCUUUACGCGGUGUGGACCGCCUCUGUUCUCCAUGAACCCAUCAUUUCCAAUACAAGGGCAUAUUUCGGCGCAGGCGAUGCUGCCCUUGCGUUUCUUGAAGUUGGGAUUGUCGUCUGGGGCUUCAAACUAUUCGAGUGCCGCAAACAGCUGUGGAGUGUUGCCGGUGUGUUCACUGUUACCGUCUCCAUAGGCAUCGCUGCUGCCAAUGUCUUUCUCAGCGUGGGAUCAGCUCAUCUCAUCGGCUUGGAUGGCUCCGAGGCACUGUCUUUCGCGGCUCGGAGUGUGACGCUGGCUCUCGCCAAACCUGCUGUCGAAGCUGUAGGGGGAAACCUGGCGGUAAACGCCGCGGUAGUCGUGUCAAAUGGCAUCCUUGGACAACUGAUCUAUCCUUUCGUAUUGGAUAGAAUGGUUGCCCGGACAGACAGCACUGAAGAAGAGGAUGACAGAAGCCUCAAUGGGCCGGACGAUCCGCUCACUAUUGCCACUGGCAUUGCAAUCGGGAUCAAUGGUGCCGCCAUGGGCGUUGCCUACCUGUAUGGAACCAGAAGCCGCGCCGCACCAUAUGCCGCGGUGGCAAUGACGGUCUUUGGCGUGAUGACCGUCGUGUUCACGACUGUUGAACCGUUCAAAGGGGUGGUUCUUAGUCUGUCCGGUACCUAA